CUGCUGUUGCUCAGUCAGUUGGAAGAAACUUGGUGGAAACGGAGCUCCGUCUGGACCCGGCGGCUUGUUCAGCUCCUCUUCCCUGACAAAGAGAGCGAGAUGCGGCGGAAAGAGAAGAGGCUGCUGCAGGUCACCGGCCUGCUGAUCGCCGCGGCUCUUUUCUUUCCAAACGUCGGCUUGUGGUCUUUAUACCGGGACAGACUGCUGGACAGCGGCUCGGCGGGCUCCGCAGACGGACCGAGUCGGAUCUCAGAGCUGCUUCCGGGGUUUAACUUGAAGGUGGUGCAGGUGGGAGCUGACGGUGUGCGACGAGUUGACUGGCAUGACUAUGAAGCAAUAAGGAGAGAUGCUGCUCGCAUCGGUCAGGGUGAACAGGGGAAGCCCUUUCCUCUGAUAGAAAGUGACCGAGUCGACCAGGCCUACAGGGAAAACGGCUUUAACAUUUACGUCAGCAACCGUAUCUCCCUGAACCGCUCCCUGCCAGACAUCCGCCAUGAAAACUGCAAACUGAAGCUGUACUCAGAGAAGCUUCCAAACACCAGCAUCAUCAUCCCGUUUCAUAAUGAGGGCUGGUCGUCGCUGCUGAGGACGGUUCACAGCGUGAUCAACCGCUCUCCUCCAGAGCUCAUCGCAGAAAUCAUCCUGGUCGACGACUUCAGUGAUAAAGAGCACCUGAAGGUGGCUUUGGAGGAAUACAUGACUAGAAUACCAAAGGUUCGCAUCCUGAGGACUAAAAAGAGGGAAGGUCUGAUCAGGACUCGGCUGCUAGGAGCAACAGCGGCUAAAGGAGAAGUUAUCACCUUCCUGGACUCUCAUUGUGAGGCCAACAUCAACUGGCUGCCUCCUCUGCUGGACCGGAUUGCACAGAACCGGAAGACCAUUGUGUGUCCGAUGAUAGAUGUCAUCGACCAUGACCACUUUGGGUACGACAAGCAGGCAGGAGACGCCAUGCGUGGAGCGUUUGAUUGGGAGAUGUACUACAAACGGAUCCCCAUUCCUCCAGAGAUGAAAAGAAAGGACCCUACUCAGACUUUUGAGUCUCCAGUGAUGGCUGGUGGGUUGUUUGCUGUGGACAGAAAAUGGUUCUGGGAACUGGGAGGGUACGACACAGGACUGGAAAUAUGGGGAGGAGAACAGUAUGAGAUCUCAUUCAAGGUGUGGAUGUGUGGUGGUCGGAUGGAGGACAUUCCUUGCUCCAGGGUGGGGCAUAUCUACAGAAAAUAUGUUCCCUACAAGAUUCCUGGAGGGAUCAGCCUGGCAAAGAAUCUGAAAAGGGUGGCAGAGGUGUGGAUGGAUGAGUAUGCUGAAUACGUCUACCAGCAUCGGCCUGAGUACCGACACCUUUCAGCAGGAGACAUGACGGCGCAGAAGGAGCUGCGAAGUCAACUGGGCUGCAAAAACUUCAGAUGGUUCAUGAGCGAGGUGGCCUGGGAUCUGCCCAGACAUUACCCACCAGUGGAGCCCCCUGCUGCUGCCUGGGGGGAGAUAAGAAAUGUUGGAAGCGGGAUGUGCAUGGAGAUUAAACACUUUGUCUCUGGAAGCCCGAUCCGCCUGGAGAACUGUGUGAAAAGUCGAGGAGAAGUCAGCUGGAGCCAUGGACAGGUGUUGACGUUUGGUUGGAGAGAAGACAUCCGUGUGGGUGAGCCCAAUCAUACCAGGAAGGUCUGCUUUGACGCCGUGUCCCACAGCAGCCCAGUUACUCUAUACGACUGUCAUGGGAUGAAAGGGAAUCAGCUUUGGCGUUAUAGAAAGGACAAGAGUCUGUACCAUCCAGUCAGUAACAGCUGCAUCGACAGCAGAACCAGUGAACGUCGAGUCUUCAUGAACAUGUGUGACCCAACGGCUUUGAGUCAGCAGUGGCUGUUUGAGCGAACCAAUGCUACUGUGCUGGAGCACUUCAACCGGGGCACCGACUGAGGGUCAUGGAGCAGUGAGAUGUGGCAUCUUCUAAGGAAAGGAUCACCAACAAUGAUCCCUAGAUAAUGAAGUUGGGAGUCAGAAAUGUGCUACUUCCCGAUUAUUUCCCGUGGUGCAGCAGAGAUGCAGCGCCCCGGCUGACAGCGGCAGCCUUGUUCAGACCAAACACCUCCACACCCAGAAUCCAAUCAUUCAGCUCAGGGUUGUGAUGUGGAAGGAGGGUGGGAGGACCACAGUGAGAUCUGUCUGACCUGCGGGAAACCUCAACAGCUGUCAGAGACUUUCAGAGACAGCAAACAUUUGCUGAGAGGCGUUCCUUUCAUUGCCAGAGGAGAACUGAAGCGCCUGGUGAACCGGAGGACUGAUUUCUGCUUUUGCUUUCUUGUAUUUUUCUAUUGUUGGCAUGUUUGUCAUUCAUCAUGCUAGAACAGCUUUUAAAAGCAGAAACUAAAAGAUCGAUUCAUUGCUGCCAUUUUUUAAAGAAAAAACAUCCUGUUUAUAUCAUCUUUACAGAAGAAAUUUAUUUUGUUUUCUAUGAUGUAAUAAAGAAACCAAAGUACUGAA